AGCUGCGCCAAAGUCAGUGCUCGUGGAUGCUCUGGCCAAGCACCUAGGGGCACAUUAGCACGGCCUAAAACUCUGAGUAGCGCCGGAGGCCCCACCUAGAAAUUGGCUGGGAGUGCUAUCUUUAGUACUGUACUGAAGGGCGUAUCCAUUUGUCCAUUUUUGUAUGUACGUGUGCAUGCAUGCAAGGAAGUUAUGCAACUUUUGUGAUUGUUAUGAUAUUGCUUAUUGCUGAUUAUGAUAUUAAGAUUUACCAGUAUUUAGCAGGCAUUGUAAUAACAUGGUUGCAACAAUAUUUAGGUAUGGUGAUAUGAGAGUUGUGAUGAAUCGUCAGGUUUUGGAUAUGUGGAAUUCUCUUGAGGACUUGAAGAUGCGGUUUAUUCCUGAUCUUGUUGGUCCUUUCGUUGAAAUGGCUUUGAUUGAUCAUGAUGAAAUUCGAAGGAACACUAUACCUGUUUUUAUGAACAUGAUGGACUGUGAACUUCAAUCAACUGGGGAUUUUAGACGUGUUGAGUCAGAGCUUAUUGAUAAAUUAGACACGUAUGUGAGUGGAGGAGGUCGUGGUGAUGAUCGAUUCAAAGAUAACCUGUUCAAGAUUUUAAGUGUUGAGACCAAUCGAUAUCCUGAAUUGCAGAAAGCUGGUGUGUCUCAGUUUAUCGAAUCAAUCACUCAGCUACUGUCAAGACUGUUGGAUUUUAGGAAUGUUCCUGAAGGUGAAGAGAAUCGGAAUCAGAGGAUGAGUACUAUUUCAAAUCUACUGCAUUUGUAUCGAGAAAUGGAAAGGGAGGAGAUGUAUAUUCGAUACAUUUACAAACUUUGUAGCAUGCAUUUACAAUGGGGCAACUAUACUGAAGCAGCAUUUACACUCAUGCUGCAUGCAAAGAAGUUGCAAUGGCAUGACUUUCCUGCUCCGCAAGUGCCUGGAAAAUAUGCUGAGGCUGCAACACAAAGACUACUGAAAGAGAUGUUGUACGAGAACAUUAUUGAGUACUUUGACAAGGGCAAGUUGUGGGAAUACAGUAUUACUGUGAGCAAGGAACUGGCAUUGCACUAUGAGACAGUUGUGUAUGACUAUGAUCGUCUCAGUAGCAUAUAUCAAACCAUUGGUGAGUCUUUUCACAAAAUUGUGCACAGUGUUCGAGCAGCCCUCUCAUACUUCAGAGUUGGUUUUUAUGGUCAUGGCUUUUUGCCAUCCUUGAAGAACAAGUUGUUUAUAUACCGUGGUGGAGAAUAUGAAAACAUUGGUGACUUCAAUGCUCGACUUACAGCCGAGUUUCCGAAUGCUCAGAUGUUAAAGAAAAGCACUCCACCAGACCAGGAGAUUUUGGAUUCAGCAGGGCAGUAUAUUCAGACUUGCACAGUGGAACCACUUCCUGAAGAGCCAGACAAAUUUCAAGGGAAGAACGUAGCUGAGGCAAUUCAAGGAUUUCAUACACACAAUGACGUACGUCAGUUCAGAGUUGACAGGCCAUUUCAUCGAGGAGUGAAAGACAAAGGCAAUGAGUUUGCUACUCUUUGGAUUGAACGGACAACCUACCAGACAGCUGAAAGUUUACCUGGCAUCUUACGGUGGUCAGAAGUCCAGUUUCAGCCUCAAUCCGUUGAAUUGUGUCCAAUUGAGAAUGCACUUGAAUCAGUGUUGAAUCGUAACAAGGAUAUGCAGCGAGUGAUAGCACAAUGCCAAGCUGAUCCAGCUCAGGGUGUUAUGUCUCUAGGUAUGUCAGUCAAUGGAGUUAUUGAUGCUGCAGUGAAUGGAGGUGUAGCCAAAUAUGAAAUGGCAUUUUUUGGUUCUGAAUAUUUAAAGGCAAAUGCUGAUCAUGAGGAGCUUGUUGCUAAACUUAGGGAUGCAAUUACUCAUCAGGUUGAGAUUUGCGGAGAGGCGUUGGCAGUUCAUGGCCGUUAUGCUCCAGAAACUCUUCAGCCUUUCCAGCAAAAGAUGGUAGAAAUGUAUGAGCCAUUGAAGAAGAAAUAUCCUCCUGAGAAAAGGAGUCUUCACUUCUUACGGGCGAGUUUUCGAAAUCGAUCAUCACCUGUUCAGAAACAGCAACAGCAACAGCGGAGACAAGACUCAACAGAAACCUUGGCACGUCCAGUUACUGUGUCAUAUAGUGCAUCGAAUGUGGCAGAUGGGGGACGAGGACAUCGCAUGUCAGAAAGGGGAGCUCGAUCAAUAUUGGAUCCUCUUCCUCCAAUACCUGCAGCUGAUGGUUCACCAACUCAAGAUAAAAGGCUUUCAGAAAUUCCUCGAUCUAGUCCGGCAGCAACAGAUGACCGGCCAAGUCUUCCUACCAAAAUGAACAAGCCAUCAAGAUCACAUACUCUGGUUGAUCGUCAUCAGAACAGGCAUUCAUCUGCAGACACGGUAGCUGGAUUGACUCCCCCGCCUAAACCUGCAAGACCUUCUCCAGCUCGGAGCGCAACUGAUUCUGCGGAGAAACGUCCGCCCAAGCCAUACCGGCCUCAAUCUGUCAAUUAUGGUGUCUCAAUUGUAAAUCAGUCAUCACUAGAUGUGGGUUUUGGAAAGCCACCCAAACAGGUCGCGUAUUCUUCUUUUGACCAGCAAUUAUCACCGGUGGCACAUGGUGAUUUCCUUGCAUCGUCUGCAGUAGUUCCUUCUGUUUGUGAAACACAAAUAGAAGUUGAUGUUGUAGAUCCUAAGCCUGAGUACAUUCCAAAGUUCAAAGUUUCAGACGUUUUACCAAUGGAUGGGACUUUGGACGAGUUUCCUAAACGGGAAGCGAAUGGUCCAGCUGAAGGAGGUGCGGAUACAUCAGUUCCUCCUGCUAGACCACCUAAGCUGCACAGGGUGAAAAUGGCAAACCAGGCUCAAAGCGUUGACUCGCUGCAGUCCUCAUCUAGCGCCUGGAGUGUAGACUCUGUGGAUAGUGUGGUGGAUAGUGGUGCCCCUGCACUGCCCACAAAAACGAGCGUUUCUUCAAGGACUUCUCGGCUUAGUGAAGCUAACCUGCUUUCUCAAGAAUCUGGAGAAGGCGUUUCAAUUGAUUCGACAGUACAUCCAAGAUCUGAAACUUAUCUAUAAGGAAUGGCAUCCGUGUGUGAGUGCCGUAGGUGUCCUUAGGUAAAGACUUGGAUGUAGUCGUUCUCUUGUGAUGUAACUUAGAUGUUUUCUAAUCAGGCAGCACAGGGAAUUCAUCAACAUUGUUCACAUUGACAUGUAUGACUGUGGUGGUGUAAGCUAAGUACAAAUAUAGAGAAAUAAUCAAAG